AUGUUUCUAACGACGCAUAAUGAAGGCUUAUCUCGUCCGGACGACACCAGUCUGAGUUUACCUUCGAAAAAUCAACAAUCAUCAACUAUAGAGUUAGCUACAAAACGAAGAUAUGAUAUUCUUCCUGUUGACAAUGAAAGUAUAAUUAAAUUUGCACGUGAACGGAAAAAUAAACGUGUAGCACGCAUUCAAAUUUCGCUUUUCAACGAUGGCACAAAUGUUCUAGACUGGAAAAUACGAUCUACAACGACAGCAAUUAGGGCGAUUCCAUCUGGAAGAGGACAGAUUCCAUGUCAUGGAAACGUUAAAUUCUUGUUAAUUUGGGUGCUUCCUGAUCACAUCGAAACUUGGGAAGAGAUGAAGCCCCCCAAAUUGUUGUUUUCGAUUAAACUUCUGGACAGUAAUGUAGUUGUUGGAUCAGCAAAUAUAAAAUUUUUUGUUGAAGUUUAUUAUCAAAACUAUUUUUCAGGGAAAAUUGAAAUGAACGAAUUUUGUACAACAAAAAAUCCACCUAUUCACAACCUCAUUUUUGAUUCUGAAAUGUCGAAGCUAUCGAACGGAAAUUCAGAAGUUCCACUCCAGACGGCAAUGGAGUGUUCAGAAAUGAUGCUUCAGAUAAUUUAUUUCUCUUUGGAUCCAUCAUAUCACUACAUUGCCCGUGUAGAACUUAGCCUUAUUAAUGACAGCAAGCAAUAUUUAGUUUGGAAGCUGAAGACCAGCAGUGAAUUUAUAAAGGCUAUGCCAAGUGGGACUGGCUUGUUACCAUCUUAUGAAAGUAGCAAGUGUAUUCUUAUUUGGGAUCUUUCACGACAUUUUUAUUCAUGUCAGAAGCCUCCUUCUGAAAGACUUAUAUUGUUUGCUCGGGCCUACACGAGUACAGGACAAUUGCUUGGAGAAGAAAUCGCAAAAUAUAUGAUAAAGCCAAACAGUUCUCACACUAAACAUGUACCAGUUCAUCAGCUUGUGCUUGCAUCAGAAAAGGCCUAUAAUGAAGAAAAGCAAUUUACUCGAAUGUCAACUGCUGCGUCAACUAAUGUGUAA